UCAUAAGCGGUUAAAUCAUCGCAGCGGAAGUUAAUACCAAGAGCAUCUACACCUACGUAAACAGUCAGCGGUACUGGGAAACAUGGCAGCAGAUAUUUCUAGCCAGUUGGACCAUAUUGCAGAUGCCCUGGGUAUAUUGGCAGCUGAAAUUUUAAGACCUGAAGCUGAGAUUGAUCGAGUUGUCAUCAGCUUGGAGAACAUAUAGUGCCUUGACAAUUUUAGCUGCUAUUGCAGAAUUACCUAAUGAAGAGCAUGUUUUUCAUUUAUUGCAAAUGAUAAUUCAGAUGGUGGACCAAUGCAGAUUCAGCACUGUGAUGUCAAGGGAGCAGCUGCUAUUUCUUCUAGAAAACAACUUUAGAGUUGGUGACAUAGCACAAAUUUUUUGUGUUAGCAAGAGAACUGUUCAUAGGAGAAUGUCGGAAUAUGGACUGUCUGUGCGACAGACUUAUUCAGACAUCACAGAUGAAGACCUCCAGCAUGUAAUCUCUGACUUUAUUGCUCAUUACCCAAACGCAGGUAUAAGGACUGUGACUGGACAUCUUAAUUCUCAAGGAAUAAGAGUUCAGCAGUUCCGGGUGCGGCUUCAUCUAAAAGAAGUUGAUCCUGUUGGAAAUUUUAUUCGCGGGCUUCAACUUAACAUUGUCCCAAGAGUGCCAUACUCUGUUCCGGGUCCUCUCUCCCUGUGGCACAUAGAUGGUAACCAUAAACUGAUAAGAUGGAGAAUUGUUAUACAUGGAGGCAUAGAUGGAUUCAGUAGGCGUAUAAUGUAUCUUCAAGCCAAUACAAACAAUAGGGCAUCAACUGUGCUCCAGUGUUUCCUUGCUGCUGUCAGUUCACAUGGUUUGCCUCACCGUGUACGUAGUGACAAGGGAGGAGAAAAUGUUGAGGUGGCUAGAUACAUGCUUGAACAUCCAGAAAGGGGCUCAGAGAGAAGAAGCCAUAUCACUGGGAAAAGUGUACACAACCAGAGAAUUGAAAGGCUUUGGCGUGAUGUGUGGUGUAUAGUUGUUUGCAAUUAUUACACCACCUUCCGGUACCUUGAAAGUAUUGGUGUACUGGAUCCUGAUCAAGACCUUCAUUUAAUAGGCUUGCACUAUGUCUUUCUGCCAAGACUGAACUGGCAUCUUCAUCAGUUCACCCUGAUGUGGGACAGGCAUCCACUUACAACUGAGGGAAACAGGUCUCCACAGCAGUUGUGGAUGGCUGGUCUCCUUUUAGGGCAGCAAGUCGAUCCUGAACAGAUUGAUGCUACACACUGGGGCAUUGACUGGGGUGGGCCAGUGGCAGCACCUGAUGCAGACAUUGCUGAGAUUCCAGCAGCUCCUGUGGACCUGCUUCAGAGAGUUAAUGGGCAUUUAAGAACUACUAUUGACCCCUUUAUGACUAGUGAGGUGUUUGGUGCAGAUAUUUACCUUAAAGCCAUGUCCGAGAUCCAAGUCUUUAUGGCUGCACAAACCUAGGUAUGUAAGCGUUACUCUUAUUUUUUACUUUUAACAUUUUUUUUAAUGUUUUAAUACGGUAGUCGUGACUCUGCCAUCUAAAUAUUUUUGUGAUGUCAUAAAUUUGAAUUUGUCUUUGUGUGUUUUAGUUUGUGGUUAUUGUGCAUGCAGCAUUGUUUUGACAGCCCACAAUGUGCUUAACUGACAUGAUCACGUCUUUCCAUCUUAACUCAUUAAUUUUUGUCUAGCAGUCCACUCAACUGACCUGUUUUGUUUAGUUCUCUAUUUUCCCCAUGUUGUACCUCAUCUGGUGCUUUUGUUUUGGUGUUAUGCUGUAUUUCUCUAGUCUUGUCCAGUUUAGUAAUUAAUAUGCUUCUAGUCCUGUAAUUGUAGUUCUACCUUAGUCUUGUAUUUUCUCCUGAAGAUCUAAUUUCUCAAUGUGUCCAGUAAGUUUGCCAGUGGUCUAACUUUCCCUCUCUAUGUGUCUCUGUAGGCUAUUGCUCAUGCCAGUUUCCCUAGUCUCUCGUCCACUGGCUCAGGAUUCCCUCCACAUGUACUCUUGUUCCUAUGGGUCCACCUUGGCUCUUAUUUCUGCUGUUUCAAUAUUUCUGCCUGUCAUCCUUAGCCAUGCAGCUUGGCUUCCUGAAACAAACCAUGUCUCUCAUUUCGUUCCCUAGCUCCCGAGGUCGUGAAUCAGUAUAUCGUGUACACAGGUUCGGGCACUAGCCUAAUCAUCAGCACCUGCAACUUGUUUGUGAGUGUGCCUGAGACGGAGAGUAUAAGAGAGCAGUCCACACUUCUCCAGAUUGAAAGCUGUAUUGAUAUGUUUUGACAUUCAGAGAUAGUAAUUGUGGUUUAGCAGUGGCUGGUAUUCAGUGAAAUUGAUCUUACUACAACUAAACAUUAAGGAGAAGAUUGACAUCAAUGUUGUGCCAAUCAAUUUGAAAAGACAGUUAUUGACCACGCCCCUACAUAUGAAAAGGCGGAUUUGCGCCAAAAUCAACAUUUCCGUUUGUGGUUUCUGCAUCGGAGAGAAUGUCUUCAGAGCAUCAAAGGGCAAGUGCUCUUAUAAUGGAGCUUAGCCAUCUCCUGAGGCACCAAACAAGUGUGCAGGCUGCACCCGCAGGACCGACCGCUGCACCCGCAGGACCGACCGCUGCACCCGCAGGACCGACCGCUGCACCCGCAGGACCGACCGCUGCACCCGCAGGACCGACCGCUGCACCCGCAGGACCGACCGCUGCACCCGCAGGACCGACCGCUGCACCCGCAGGACCGACCGCUGCACCCGCAGGACCGACCGCUGCACCCGCAGGACCGACCGCUGCACCCGCAGGACCGACCGCUGUACCCGCCGGAAGACUUACCGCUAUACCCCCUGGAUCGAUCACUCGACUGCCUGGACCUACUGCUGGUCUCCCUGGACCAACCACUGAUCUGACAGGACAGACUGUCCGUGCCCCCUUCCUUGGUAUGGGUCAGUUUUCAUCUCAUCGUCCGGAAUCUGUAACUGCUAGUUUGAGCAGGCUGUUCCAGCCUUAUAAAGGUUUAAAAAGAAAAAAAAACCCAUCUUACCCAGCCAUGGGAGCACACAUUUUUCUGCUGCUCUCUAAUGAAUACUGUAGAAAUACCAACGCUGGAAGAAAGCAUGUGCUUACAGGCGAACGGGCUUGGGAAAAAAAACUGAGAUUUGAUGAUGUGCAAUGCACACCAUCUGAUUUUAUUAAUACCAUUGAGGAAGCGUUUUCUGCUCUUAAGAUGGCUGGAGGCUUUAAGCUAAUGCGGUGUGGCCAGAGCAAACAGCUAUUUGACAUACCUAUCCCGCCAGGAGGGUAUUCUGUAGAAUUUUUAAAAAACAGAAGCAAUCUUAAUAAAGCUGUGGCAUACAUUGUACCCUUACAAUGCGAUCUCCCACUUAAUGCAAACGGGCAACAGAAUGGGAAUGUGGAGAAUUAUACUUUGAAACAAAUAUGCAGAACGUGCAACCAAGAAGUGCCUCUGCACAUGCUUUCAAGCCACCGAAAACAGUGCAACACCAGUGUCACUGCAACAAUGACAAGCUCCGGCAAUAUUACUCCAAAAACUGUGGAGGCCAACACAUGCUCAAUGAGGAUUUGUCUCAUGUUGAGUCACCAACAGAUGUUCAACUGUCAAAAAGCUAAACCAGUAAAGAUCUACAAAGUCCCCAAAAAUUUGGAUGCAAAUGGCUUUAAAGACCAUCUACGAAUAAUAUUUCCACAGUUAAAAACACAGAAUUUUGACCUUUGUAAGGUCAAUAGACAUAGAGUUGUAACCCCAGUGGAAAAUUUUACUCCCAAAGCCACUCGUUCAGGUGAAGUGAUGGGACGAUCAGCAGUAUAUAUUCAUCCUGAGGUAAAAAAAAAAACUUCCAGAAUCUCUUUCUCUGGUUUGUAGCACAGAAUUAAUGUUUUUGCUAAUGUUUCCAUAU